CUGGGAGAAAAAAAAUGCGGGGCUUGUCCUCCUUGCCCCUGACGUCACGUACACUUUAAUAACACAGCCUUUGCCCAAAAGACGCGCUUUUGGAAAAUGUCAGUAGAAAAUGUCAGUGAAAGAGAUCGGUGAAGAGAGGGAGCUUUUGUUUUUCGAGGAGGUUUAAUUCUGGAUUCAAUGACUUUGAUUCUGGGAACCAGUGAUGAGUUGGCUCCUGACGUGGAUUCUACUUGUAGCGGGAAUUCAUGAGGCCGUCUCACAAAAUUCCUCCGCUACCAACACGAUUCCCAAUCACAUUCCCGACGUCCCCGACGUCCUCGCCACGCCGGAACCCACCGCCCUGGAGCCCUGGAACCGCACGCGGUACUGCAGGUGGCCAUGCGAGUGCCCCCCCGCGCCCCCCACCUGCUCGCUGGGCGUGAGUCUGCUCGUGGACGGCUGCGACUGCUGCAAGACGUGCGCCAAGCAGGUCGGGGAGGUGUGCAACGAGAGGGACCCCUGCGACCACCACCGCGGACUCUACUGCGACUACAGCAGAGACAAGCCUAGGUACGAAAAGGGAGUGUGUGCAUACCUGGUGGGCACGGGCUGCGAAUACAACGGCGUCAUCUACCGCAAUGGCCAGAGCUUCCAGCCCAACUGCAAGUACCAGUGCCUGUGCGUGAACGGGGCCAUCGGCUGCCUGGGCCUGUGCAAUGAGUCGCUGCCGCCCCGCGUGUGGUGUCAGACGCCGCGCCGCGUCAAGAUCCCCGGCCAGUGCUGCGAGACCUGGAUCUGCGACGAGCCCCGGAGGGGGCGCAAGACGGCCCCCCGGCAUGCCAUGCAGGCCCCGUCGCAGCAGACCAGCGGCGGCUGGCACCGGAACUGCCUGACCCAGACCACCUCCUGGAGCCCCUGCUCCAGGACGUGCGGCCGCGGCCUCUCCACCCGCAUCACCAACGCCAACGCCCGCUGCGAGAUGGUCAAGGAGAGCCGGCUCUGCAACAUCAGGCCCUGCAACGUCGACAUCACCAAGCACUUCAAGCCGGGGAAGAAGUGCCUGAACGUCUACCGGGACCCGUGGCCCACCAACUUCACCAUCUCGGGCUGCACCAGCAAGCGGACCUACUGGCCCAAGUACUGCGGCGUGUGCACGGACGACCGCUGCUGCAUCCCCUACAAGUCCAAGACGGUGCAGGUGGAGUUCACGUGCCCCAACGGCUCCACGCUCACCUGGCCCGUCAUGUGGAUCAACGCCUGCUUCUGCAACCUCAGCUGCCGCAACCCCAACGACUUCUUUGCCGAGCUGGAGCAGUAUUUCGAGUACUCAGAGAUAAUGAAUUGAUGAUAUGCAGGGGCAGGGCCGCUGACAGCUUUGGCUGGGCCCAGGACAAAGACAUCUGAAAGGCCCCAAACCCAAUCAAUACAAUAUAAUAAAGAUCCAAUUCUGGGCCGCCUCUCUCCCUGGGCCCGGGACAAGUGACCUAUUUGAUUCCGGAAAUAAACAACUAAAAAUCCUGCACAGUGUCCCUUUAGUAGUAGAGUAGAGUAGAGAAACUUUAUUGAUCCCCAGGGGGAAAUUCAGGUGUCAAGUAGCUACAUAAAAACAAACACAGACACAGACACAGACACACACACACACACACACACACACACACACACACACACACACACACACACACACACACACACACACGCCAAGAGGUUCCAGAUCUGGGCCAGCUCUGGCAUCUCAGGCAGUCCAAUCCCCAAUAAUGAUGUCCUUCUUAGUGUCCUUCUGUAUACUGUUAAACAAUUGAAUGGCCCAAGGGACAAAGGACCUCCUUAGCCUGUCUGUCCUGCAGGUGAAAGCACAGAGUCUGUGGCACAUUAAUGGCAUGUGCUAGUAAAUAUUUCUUGCAGACAUUUAUUAUUUCUUCAGUUUGGGCCAGCGCCUGUAUCACUCAUGAUGUCUCUGCUUUUUUGUACAUUGUCCUGGGCCCAGGGAUAGAAGGGCCCCAGAAAUUGGUGGUAUGACACACACACAUUAGAGGAUGACAUUUUUCAGGAAUUCCCGUGGGUCCCGCGGGUCCAGGGAUGUCAGUCAAAAUUUUAAAGAUGGAACGGGAGCGGGCAGGAGCGGGAAUACAGAUGAAUGGGAGCGGGCAGGAGCGGGAAUAAAAAUGAACAUGAGCGGGAAUGCCGCUUAUUUUUUCUUUAAAAAACAAACAGAAAAAGCCUCGUUUUUUGAUGAAACAGGAUUGGGGUUGAUUUUAAAUGGGAGUGGGCAGGAUUGUGAGACAUUAUAUCAGGAGUGGACGGGAUGGGACUUGUUUCUUUUACUCCAGUCCGGGAUGGGACGGGAUGGGAUUUUUUUUCUGGCACCGGGAUGGGACGGGAGUGAAAAUCCACUCCCGUGUCAUGCUCUAUAUGACACACACACAUGGACGCACAUGACGGGGGAUGGGACAGAGAUCAGGGAUUGGGCUUAAGGAGGAGGAGGAGGUGGAGGGGGAUGAUGGAGGAGCGUGUGUGUGUGUUUAUGUGUGCCUGUGUGCGUGCGUUCGUGUGUGUGCGUGCGUUCGUGUGUGCGUGUGUGUGUGUGUGUGUGUGUGUGAGUGUGUGUGUGUGUGUGCCUGCUCACAAUAAGUCAUGUUCAGGUGUAGAUUAUGAAUGGACAAAAUGCACAGUAUGACAGGAGCAUAGGCAGAAGAUGGAGGAAGAGGAAGAAGGGGAGAAGUGUGUGUGCGUGUUUGCGUGUGUGUGCGCGUGUGUAUGUGUGUGUGUGCGUGUUUGUGUGUGUGUGUUUGUGCGUGUGUGUGUGUGUUUGUGUGUGUGUGUGUGUGUGUGUGUGCGCUCGCGUGCGUGCGUCAUACUUAAGCCCUUUCUAGUUGACACACAGCAGCUGCUGAAUAGCUGCCUCAUAUGAACCACAGCCGCUCCCUCCUAAGCAGAAGGACACAGAUGUCCGCUGUGUGUUUAGGAAGCUUACGGCCCAGAGACAGAUCCCUGUUAUUAUGUAAUGACACUUGUGACUCAACAAGUCAGAUGUUUGUUUGUUUGUUUAUUUGUUUGUGUGGUGUAGGGGGCCUUCCUGACUCAACUUUACUUUUUUUUUUUUUACAAAGACAAUGUUCAUUUAUUAUAAGGAAAGCUUUUGAAGUUUUGCUUGAAUUUUCAAAAUGUAAAAUAAACCCCACAAAUGUACGUAUACAGUAGUGGGUUGGGCAUUAGUAGUGACUGACAUAAAACUAGCAUUUUGGUCCAUGUAAGCCAUGAUACACUUUCAUGUUAUUUGAUAUACUUACAUAGUAGUCUUCAGUCCUUAUACAUCGAAGUGUAUGCUCUUUCUGUACAGCUCAUGUAAGUAUUGCUUAUGUAAAAAAAAAAGAGAACGUCCUUUACCUUGACCUUGUUGCUAUGUAUGCUAUAAUCAUUUUUGUUCCUAAUUUAUUUCUGUGUACAUUUACAUACCAUAUGUACUAUAUGACAAUAUGUGCAAUUGACACAAAAUACCAGAUUCAAAGGUGCUAGUGUUUUGUAUUCAACUUCGUGUAAAGGUGAAAUCAUGGUUAAAGACUGCUUAACUUUCGCCUCACACGACUGCAUGUCUAAAGAAAAUAUAAGGUAAAUCACAUUCAAUGUCAAACAUUAAUCACUUGGUUAAUGUAAAUAGAGGUCUCUUGUCAUACUUCACAGUAAAAGUAAUUCAAGGUCUGUACACUCUUUUGGCAUGAGAUAUAUAGAGAACAAUCCAAGUCAAAAGUAAACAAGUUACAUCUUUUUUUAUUAUUUUUUUAAUAAAUACAAACUGUUAAACCAUUAAAAUACAUACAAAUUUUCUUGAUUAGGCUUUCGCAUGUCUUGACAUAAGUACGUGUUCUAUAAAGCUUGCAAAAAUACUGCUGUAGUGCAGAUGAGAGAAGAAAGGUAGUGAGUGCCAUUUUUUUUAUAUAAAUCACUACUAACCCUUUUCAUUCUGUCAUUUCUUUCCAAACCAACGUAAAAUAAAAAGUAGUGAAAAGUAGCAAGUUCAAACAGACAGAUCCCAUGGCACAGUAAAUCUUGUUCCUUUGUGCUUGUGAUUGCAUAGAAAUGAUCUAUUUUCUUCAAAUAUGAUGAACAAUGCCUCAAGUCAACAUCUGGAAAGUCUCGCGUACAUACAAAGCCGU